AUGUGUCCAGCUGGUAAGAAAAGUAAGAAAGGAAAACCAAUUGAUAAAAAUCAACCCUCUCCAAUUGAAGAAACAAAAAGAGAGUCUGACCUAGGAAGGCAAUCCCUUUUAGAUAGUGAAAUGUCUCAGAAAGAUAUUGAAUCACAAGGAUACAUUUUAGACACCAAAACAGGAAAAUUUAAAGAGUGCAAAUUCGCUUACAUUCUUUAUGCUUUUGACGAUCAUCAAUUUUCACAGAACGAAUUUAUGUUGAUGAUUCAUCAAUUUAGUUAUAAAAUCAGAGAGGUGCCCUUUCAUUAUCAAAACUAUGAUUACGCUGAAUUUGGAUUGAAUAGAAAUAUAAAACUUUACAGAGUAGCUUAUAUCCCUGUAAAACAUGAUAAAACAGAUUCAUUUCAAUUAAAAUUAUGAAGAAGUCAAUCAGAUGAUUUUUAUGAAAAAGAAGGAACUUUUAGAGAUUUUAAAAGUUGAAGCCACGCUUUUAUUUUCAGCAUGCAGAUUGUAAAAAAAACUUGGUGGGGUUUUGGAUGAAAAAGUCCAGAUGGUGAACCUGUGCUCGAUCCAAUAGAGCAGCUAACUUUUUAUUCUUUAUAUGCUUUUCGAAGUGCCAAAUGAGAAAUACUUCUCCCAAUUCUCAUCGAACAAUUUAAUUACAAAUUUGAUUACCGAAAAUUUAAUGUUGAAAAGCAAAGAGCAAUUGAAUUUCUCCAGGUUUUGGAUUACUUUAUUAGAGAGCAAGAUUCAAAUUACUCUGAAGAAUCUUCGUAUAUAAUUUUAGCACUUUUAGGCUGCCUUAAAGCAGAAGCCAUUCAACACCAAGAAUGCAGACUGGAUUCUGGGAUUAGUCUUCUGUUAAGGAUUGAAAAUUUUGAAAAUUUCUUUGAAAAAAUCAGAAUGCAAUCGCUUUAUAAAAAUGCAAUUUCAGGAAUUGGCUAUGCUUUAGCAUUAAAUAAAAAAGCAGGAGGAAGAGAAUGGGCAUUUAUUCUUAAUAAGAUUGAAGAUAGAGGCCAGAAAUCUAUAAUUUUGCAUCAAUUUAUAGAAAUUGUGAGCUCACUAGGCCUUACUCUUAAUAAAGAUGAAUGCGAAGCUUUACAAUUGAUUAUACAAACAUUAGGCUCAAGUGAAAUUUAUAGCAAAAUACUAGCAUGUGCUGAGUCGCUCCUGCUAUUCACAGAACUUUUACAUGUACUGUUUUUAUCAGUCGAUGAGAAUGCCAGAAGGGAAUUCAACAUAAAGCAAAAUUGGAAAAGGGCAAUCAAUUUAUUUCUUGAAAAGCAGCCAUUGAGAAUAGACAUAGUAGCUGAUUUGUUGGAAAUAUUGCAUAAUAAAGAGCCUGAGUUCAAAAAUUUAUUCUAUGAUUCAAAUUUUUCUAAUAUUGUAGAUUCAGCAAUAAGGAAAUGCUUAGAAAGCUUCAAUAAAAGCGACUUGGUUUACUUUAAGAAAAUUUAUAAGCUUUAUUAUAAUGAAAGAGUUCGUUUUUCUAUGAAAUCAGAUUCUGUAUGCGAAACACUUUUAAAAAAUUAUUAUUUAAAGCCACACGAAUUGAUAGAAAACUUCAACAUCGAUUGCAGAUGGCUAUUCAAAUAUUGAUUAAAACAGCUUAAAAUCAACUGUUAUUCUGACAUAGAAAAAAUUAUCAAGGAGUUAGAAAUAGAAAUUAAAAUAAUAAAAAGCCUCGAGAUCAAAGGCGUAUUCGAAACAAUUAAUGCCAUUAUCAAUAAUGGAAUAGUGCACAUCUAUGAAUCUAGUAAAAGAAUACUAAACAGCAUUUUCGAGCUCGCGCCAAUUAUUGAUGGUUUUGAAACACUUAAAACUGGUUAUAUUCAAUUCAUUCAAGAAACACAAUUUUCUCUUUAUAAUUAUUCAAGAUCUUAUGAUGACCAAGUUGGUAAAAUUCUUGAGUUGCAAAAAAGGUAUAAACAUUGCGAUCUCCUAAAAGAAUUGUUAGCAUUAAAGCUCGCCAUUUCUGGAGUAGCUGAAUUACCCGAAAAGGAAACUAAAAUGUGCCUUUAUAAGGAUCCAUCCUCUCAAUUCUUCUGGGCCGCUUUGAUUGAAUCUCACAAGUACUAUUAUUCAAGAAACUUGGAAUAUUUUGCCAAUUUGAUAAGUUUUUGGGAAAAAGAAGGCUUAAAAAUAGUGAAUGAAGAAAUUAAAGUUGAUGAUUUAAUGAUUAUAAAAUACCAAAGUGAAGAAGACAGAGCUGCCUUUUUAAAAUAUCUAAAUGCACCAUUUGACAUUAAAGGAAAUAAGGCUAGGCCUGAUUUUUUUGGAAAAAUAAAGGAAUUAUUGACUAGGAUUGAUUUUAUUAGUGAGGAAAUGAGCCAUGUGAAAGCUUUUAUAGACAUAAUCUGCAUAAAUCUGCUUGAUGUAGAAGGGGCAUAUAAAAUAUCCUUACAUAGCUUUUCUUAUAUGGAUUUAAAAGAUUUUCAGUAUCACCCAAUAAUUUUGCAAAUAAAAGAACUUGCUGUAAGCUUAGCUACGGUUUUGCAUUCUCAUUCAUAUAUCCAUUAUUUCUUACAAAAAGAAUUAGAAGUCUCUCCCUUAAGCCUAUCAAACAUUGCAACAAUCUGCACGGAAGCAAAAAAUAAAAUGAAAAAUGAACUAAAUUCACUUUUUACCACAUUUGAAAAUUAUCCUAUGGAAAAAUUUUUAGCAAUCUUCAAAGACCUCAAUUACAUUCAAAAGGAAAUAUCAAUCAUUGAAAACUUAUUUCCAAAUCCAGAUCCUGUAAAGCUUUUAAAUCUGGGCCAAUGCCUAGGUUAUUUAAAAGAAAAAGAAUCCUUAAUAUUCUCUUGCAAUGCCAUCAAAGAGCUUUCAGUGCUUUUUACUGGAGAUGAAAAUAUCAUAAAAAUAUGCCAAGAUUGCAUCGCUAUUUUGCAAAAUAUUAAAUCUCAAAAAUUAAGUGUGUUUUUAUCUGUAUCUACCUUGGCAAAAGAAAGCUUGAGUAAAGAUCUUAAAAUAGGGGAUGAAGAGAUAUUUUUUAAAACAAUAAAUGAAAUAUCAAGAUCAGAAGAGCUGAUAGCUUUUUUGAAUAGUAUUAAUGAAAGUGAUAUGCUGCAGCUGAAAGAAAGUGUAAAUGAUUAUGAUGAUUUAUACGCUGAUACUCAAGCCAUUAUGGAUUUAGAAAAUUUAUGGGAGUCUAUUCGAGAAAUCAAAAACAUAUUUUAUGAUUAUCCAAGUUUUUGCAAGAUUUUUAACCAGAGAAGGAUUGAUAAAAAAUAUGAUAAAAUUAUAGCUCAGCUGCAAAAUUGUAGGUCUCAGCUAGCAGGAAUAAAAGAGCUGCAUGUAAAUAUAAAUUGCAAAGAAGAAGCCAAGAAAAAACAAAUUGUUGAAAUAAUAACAGACUCAGAAUUCCGCAUAGUUUUAGUUGGAGAUUUUUAUGAUGUGAAUUUGAAAUACUUAAAAAACCAAAAGCAUGAUUUCAACUUGCCUAGUUUGCUUGAAUUCAAAGAGCGUGCUUCAUUGCUUCUUCAUACUCUUGAUGCAGCCCAAAUUCAAGACCCAGAUAUGAUUCUUCUUCCUGGAUUUAAAAACUUAGUUACAUCAAUUCAAGAGAUUUUGGCAAAUCUAAAUAAUCUCAGAGUAUAUGGGUAUCCUCUUAUAGAAAUUCCGGAAUUAUUUAGAGUUCAUAACGGAGAUAUUUCAAGUGUUCUGGACUAUGAAAAGCAGUUAUCAGAGCAAUUUAAAACCUGGGAAAUUUCACUGUCUGAUAAAUAUAGUAGUAACUAUUUGCUUACUUUUCUUCAUGGGCAGCAGUUUUGGUGGCUUGAAGGUUAUUUAAUUGAUGAUAAAAAGGAAUUUGAAAAGGAGGCUAAUAGUCUUUUAGAAUAUAUGGGGAAAUCCUAUGCAAAAAUAACAGAUGUACGAAUUGCAAAUAAAAAUAAUGCAGCUGAAAGGCUUUUAUGUUCUAAUUGUUUAAUUAUCAAUAAAUUAUUACUAAAUCAGUGCUAUUUUGUAAUUCUUAAAUUUAAUUAAAUGCAAAAUAUUAUUAGGAGAAACACUGGAACAACUUCCUAAUCUUCAGAACAACGACGCAAAGCUAAAUUAUUGUCCGAGAAACAGAAACAAAUUCAUCAUAAACAAUGGAGAAGUUGUUUACCUUGAGACUUCCAAAAUAUUACUAGGUAUAUUUUCAGUUUAUUUUAAUUCUUGCUCUUCAAUGCCUCGAGCAGAUCAAAUCUUUUUCUGCCAAUAUAAAACCUCCUGGAAUGAGCUCUUUGCAUUUUUAUAUAGGUGUUUCACAAAUCCAGGCCAUGAACUAUAUCUUUUAGUUAACUGCGAAGAAUUAGCUUUAGAGAUUCAAAAUAAAUUUAAAUCUUUAUUUGCAGAUUUGUGCUUCCACAAAGUCGGAGAUAUGCAAUUUAAAUUAGGCAUAAUUACAGCAGAUAAAUCUUCUGCAUUAUCAUCAUACUUUAAAAAUACCGAAUUAACAAGAGUGAUUAUUUUGAAUGAUAGCAAGUUGCUGAGCGAUGAUGACUUGAAAGAAAUAGUUUUGGAGACUAAUAGAAAUUACGUGACUGUAGUAUAUCAUAUUUAAAUCAAUGCUUAGCUAUAAUUAUAUUUACUAGAAAAUAGAGUUGAUAUUUCAGGCUCAAUAAGGCACCAUCUUUUUAAUGAAAAAAUAUAGACUGUGUAAAAUUUUUAAUUUAAUAAAAUGUAACUUCUGAGAUGGCUGGGCUUGGAAAAACAACAGAAAUAAGACAGCAAGUAAAACAAAUUAAAAAUUAUAGCCUUAAUGAUGAAGAUGCUGAAAAAAGAUUAGAUGAAAUAAUAAAAAUGUUCCCAAUAGCUGGGGAAGUUGACUGUAUUGAUCUUUGUAAAAAUUUCCCUUUCAUUUCUGAGUCAAUGGCUUUGCAUCUUCAUUUAAGCUACGUAAGCAACAGUUAUCUGCUAAAUGAGUUCCUUAUUAAUCUAUGCAUUUUCCGAACACUAAAUUACACAAAAAAUAUUAUAAUAAUACCAAGAGAAAUAAGGAUUUUUAUUGAAGUUUCCAACACAUAUUCAAAUAUUCUUUUAAACUCUUUAGAAUGUCUCCACUACUUCAACCAUAUUCAUAUAGAAAAAUUUUCUUUAGAUAGGCUAAUUAUCAGCAGAAAUCGAAAUGAUAAAUUACAAUUUAUUUGUUCUUAUCUUGACUUAUAUCAUAGAAAAUUGUUAGACAGUCAAUCAAUUUCUGAAAUGACAGACCAAGGUUUAUCAGUUUAUGAUAAUGAAAAAGUUCGUUUUUUGCUUGCUACCUACUUACUACCUAAACAAGGGGAUGAAAAAAGCAAUAUAUCUUAUAUUCAGCUAGACAUUAUGAUCAAAAUUUUAACAAGCCUAUGCAGGAAUUUCGGAAAUUGUGGAUUUUUUGAGCCAUGGAUGAUUAAUGAAAUGAAAAGUGAUUUCGCAGCUAGUGGAUUGGGUGCCUUUGUUUCUGAUCUUGAUAGUCUAAGAUCUCGCAUAUUUGAAAGCAUACUUUUGACUGUUAAAGAAUUUACUUCAAAGUGUAUUGCUGAUGUUAGAAAUCAACAGUUGAGAACCUCUCAAAAUAUCCAAGCAAAUACUAGCAUAAUUGAGGAUGAGGAAUUAGCUGACAGAUUCAAAUGCUGCUUGAAAUGAGAGUCAUCAAACCACUUUACAAUGGUUUUUCUAGAAGAUGGUUCAUUGAUUCCCAUAUACAGAGAUCCAAAUGAAGUCCCAGUAAAUAUCAAGAAGCUGAUUUUUACUCACUCUAUAUCCGAGAAAUGAAAAAUAUUUUAGAAUUCCUUUAUUUUGGAAAGAAUUGACCCUUCUCCUAUUAGAACAAGAAUUUUAUAAUAUUUGACUACGAUUUUUAAAUCAUUCAAACAGUUGUAAAUAUAAAAAAAAUUAUUCUUUUCUUAAGGAGGAGUCAGCACAAUGCUCUGACGGCAUAUAAAGGAGGUGGAAUCCCAGCAAAUCAAAUCAAUCAAAUAAUCAAAUCUGGAGCAUACACAAUUGAGGAUUAUCGACAGAUGUUUCACAGUGAUUUUCUUUUUAAAUUACAAACUUAUUGCAAAGACAAAAGGGACCUGCAAUUAAUGUACGUAGACUCUCAAUAUGUUAUUACUCCAGACAAUUUUUUAAAAAUGAAUUUAAUUUAUUUGAGAGCAAUAUCAAAUAUCCCCAUAAUCAUAAUGGGAGAAACAGGCUGUGGGAAAACAUCUUUAAUCCAAUUUUUUGUGGAAAAUAUCCUUGGAGACCAGCUUGUAAAAAUCAGUAUUCAUGCUGGCACCACAUCAAGUGAAAUAAAACAAGAACUAGAGUCUCCGAUGCUACAGUCGCAGAUGUAUAUUGAGGAGGCUGCAAUAUGAGGCAUAAAAGUAAAGAAACUCUGAGUUUUCUUUGAUGAAUUUAAUACAACUGAAAGUGUAGGGCUCAUUUGCGAAAUAAUAUGCAAUAGAACACUCGAGGGAAGGAAACUGCCUGAAAACAUGGUAUUUAUUGGUGCUUGCAAUCCUUAUAGGCUAUCAAUUCGAAGCCAAAGCUAUCAAGAAAAUGUUGGAAUUAAAAAAGACACCAAAACAAUUAGCAAACUCUCACAUGUUGUUAAGCCGCUUCCAGAAACCAUGAUUGAGUAUAUAUGAGACUAUGGAGCUCUGACUGCUAAUGAUGAAAGAGAAUAUGUUAUAGCUAUGUUUAAAAAUAUUGAAUCAAGUUAUACUGAUCUUUUUGUAGAUUUUAUUUGCUUAUCUCAUAACCCUCCCCCUCCGAACAAACCAUUGAAAAAUCCCUAUUUUUUGUAAAAAAAAUCUCCUUUCUUAAGCGAUCAAAAAAAAUUUUUAAUAUAAGUGAUAAUUAUUAUAAUUAAUCUCUAGCUAAUUCUAUUUAGUUUUAAACAGCUUGCAUUUUUAAAACAUAAAGUUUAAAAAAUAAAUUAAUAUUUGCUUUAAAAUUAUUUCGAACUGGAUUUUUUUAAUUAAAAUAAGCAAAUAACACCUCUGAGGGAACAAAAUUUUUUUUUCACUCACGAGGGAGUAAUCAUUUUCAAAAAUCUGAAGAUGCAAGCAGUGUUAGUCUGAGAGAUGUUUCAAGAUUUAUCAAAUUAUAUAAAUGAUUCAAGAACUCCAUUAUAGAAAAGAAAGCUCAUAGAAAUGAAAGAUACCAAGAAAACCUGAAAAAAUAUAAUUUGAUUACCGAAGAUAGAAAUAGUGACCCUGAUUUUGAUGCAGGAAUUUUAGCUUUUUGCCACUGCUACUAUUUAAGGCAUAGCACUCAAAUCAAAAGAUUUGAAUUUUUAGAGGAGAUUUGUAGAAUUAUUAAUAGAGAUACAAUUUUUGUAGAGAGAAUAAUGGCUCCUUCACAUGACGCCUAUUUCAUAACGACUAUUGUUUUUAGCGGUUUUUUUUUGGCUUAUUUUUGGCCAAUUUUAGCCUUUUUUGGCCUAUUUUUUAAUAAUAAAAAUUUUAUAUAUUAUAACUUCUUUUAAAAACACAAUAGACUAAAAUUAGUCAUUAUGAAAUAGUUAUGUGUGAAGACACGAGAAUAAUAGCAAUAAUUGAAAAUGAGCAAAAUGACUAUCUUGCAAGGAUGGAACUGCCUAAAGGAACAGCGUUUAAUAAAGCUUUAAGGGAAAAUAUUUUUACAAUUAUUCCUUGCAUUAUAAAUAAAAUUCCUGUAUUUCUAUGUGGUAAGCCAGGAUGCAGUAAAACUUUAUCAAUUCAACUUAUCUUUGCCCAUCUUACUUCUCCUAAUUAGAAUUAAAAAUCAAAAGAUUCUUAUGGAAAAGAUAGCUAUGGAAUUAUAAAGUUAUUCAAGAAGAAAAAUGGAUCCUCAUUGCAAAUUUAAAGAAUAGAUUUUAAAAUAUGUAUAUAAUUUUAUUUAAUAAUUAAAUGAAAUAGUAAAUGUUUUGUUAAUAUUAGUUUCAAUCAUACAUUUUUAAUCAAAAAAUUUUGCACAUAAAAGAAUAGAUGAAUGAAAUUUUAAGUUAUUUAUAUGUAGAGCAGAAUUAAAUCGCCUUAAUAGCAAUUGAAUGAGUUAGGGGCAAAAAAUCAACUGACUCCUAUUUUCAAACACUUCCAGAACUUAUUCAAGUGCCAUUUCAAGGCUCAGAUUCAUGCACAUCAGAAGGAAUUAUAAAAGCUUUUAAGAGAGCGGAAAAAUAUUAUGAGACCGAUAAAGCUCUGCUGCUACCAGUUAUAAUAUUUGAUGAGAUUGGGCUUGCUGAAAUUUCAAAGCAUAAUCCAUUAAAAGUCCUUCAUAAUUUGCUUGAAAUAGAAAAUGUAACAGUAGGCUUUGUCGGAAUUUCUAAUUGAAGACUCGAUGCAUCUAAAAUGAACCGAGCGCUUUAUCUCGCAAGACCUGAUCCGGAUGAACUUGAUUUAGUGUAUACUGCAAACAGCAUUUAUUCAUCUUUUGGAGGUAUAGAUAAAGUACACAAAAAAGUAAUCAAGCAUUUGGCUUUGUCAUAUUUUGAAUUUAAGAAUCAGUACAAGGAUACCAAUUAUGCUGAUUUUUAUGGGCUUCGAGACUUUUAUCACUUGAUAAAGCAAGCAUCAAAACAAUUAGUCGUUAAUAAUUUCUUGGAUCCUCAGCAAAUUGCAGGAGUAGUUAAGAGAGCAAUUGAAAGGAAUUUUGGUGGCAAAGAAGGAAAUUCAUUAAAAUGGUCUGGCAAACCAACCAACCAUCUUAGCAUCUGUAGCUGGGCAACCGAGGGACCUUGUGAAUGGAAGGAUAGCAUUUGGCAGUCAGAUUUCACUUGGUUCGGUGGGGUGCAAUGCCGGGGUGCCGGCACAUACUCACAUAUAGGUCAAGGUUUUAGCUCGUGAGGAAAUGAACAUGGAGUUGGAAAGGGGUUCUGGGAUUAGUUCUCAGCGCAAUAUCAGGCGUUGCAUCUUGGGCUACGUGUUUCAUUUUUGGCGGCAGAUGACCAGAAAAUUCGAUUUUUCGACUUUCUGGAAGCCGAACUUGUUGGUAACCCAAAGCCUUGGACUCACGGUAGUAAGUGCAAGCCCUUGUCCGUAAGUAGCGGUACAGUGAGAGGCCGUGCUCUGACUAGCAAGCAAGUAGUGGAGAGAAGCAGUGAGGCAAAAGUGGCUUGCGGACCUACCGCGAGCUUUCUUAUAAUUUAAUUCAGUUAAUUCAGCUGAGGUGGGAAAGAAGGAGCUGCAGGAGAAAUGGGAAGUAUUUUUAUGAAGUUGCAUGGAUUUGAAAAUAUUUAUCCUUAUUGUGAGCCAAAUAUCAAUAUUUUAGAUCUUAUUAAAGAAAACUUAAAAGAUCCAAGCUCACGUUAUCUUAUGCUUAUAGGUAGGGUUGAUGCUGUCUCAUUUAUUCUUGACAAGCAUUUACAUUCUCUUUUAGAAAGAAGAAUAAUUGUUGGAAGCAAAUUAAAAGAUGAUAUAAGCCAAGAAGAAUACGGCUUUCGGUCACUCAGUGAUAUUAUUCUCUAUAUGGAAAAAGGAAUUUCUAUAAUUCUGAAAAAUAUGGAUCAUAUAUAUAGCUCUUUAUAUGAUUUAUUCAACCAAAAUUUCGCUGUCUCAGGAGAAGGGGAAGGAGAAAGAAAAUAUUGCAGGAUUGCUUUAGGGGCUUUGUUUAACCCCAGGUGCUAUGUGAAUAAUAAUUUCCAUGCUAUUGUUUUUAUGGAUAAUGACAAAGACAUUUUGCUUAAAGCUGAUGCCCCCUUUUUAAAUCGAUUUGAAAAACAUAACUUGUCACUUGACAAAAUUCUGACUUCUGAACAGAAAAGAAUCCAAGAAAACUUAUUCCUACCUCUGUAAGCGAGCAAAACCAUCCCAUUUUUUGGAUAAAAUACCACCCUCCAUGAGUGAACAAAAAAUGAGUGAUUAUUAAUAAUACUUAAAAAAAAAGUUAAUUCUAUUGAAUUUAAACGAUUUGGGUUAAUUAAAUUAAUUUCAUUUUAAUUUUUGCGAUUGGGAUAUUUUUUUAAACUUCAAAAAACAAUUUAACCUCCACGAAGGGUCAGAGUUAAUAAAAUGGGCAAAAAGAAUAUUUUAUUUUCAAGGAGGAAACAAAAUGCUUUACACAAUUAACCACUUAUUCCCUAUAUAUAGCUCAGAAACAAUUGCAUUAUUGGUACUUUUCAACUAUUGUGCAGAUGAAGAAGAAACAAUGAAAAGAUGCAAGGAUGUGCUACUAAGAGUGGCACCUUCUGAUAUUAAAGUACUACUUGAAGUAAACUAUAUGGAAGAGCAUGAGAAGAUUCCUAUUAUUAGUGAAUGAAAUGAACUUCAUUUUGAUAACUUUCCUGAUCACAUCGAUUCUAUUUUAAAUGAUUCAAAAGUAAAUGGAAAAUUUAGCAAACUUAUUGCUUUUACUUAUGAUACUAAUUAUUAUUCAAACGAAUAUGAACAAGAAAACAAAAGCAAAAUGCUUGUGAAAGAAUUAAGUAGCUUUAAAUCAGAACAGGAUCUAACCAAAGACCUACAAAAAUUUUAUGUUGAAGACAAAGAAAUAUAGAAGUUUCCUAUGUUUGGCGCUGUAAGGCCGAUAAAUUCUGAUCGGAAUUUAUCGGUAGGUUGCACCAAAUCAAUGCCUUGGUCGGACCAAAAAGCGAUUUGGUCCGACGAACUUGGAAAGCUCCUGGAAAAUGUCUGCGCUUUUAGCGCUAUAUAGAGGAAACCUCUAUAUAUAUUUUGGAGCUUGAAUUUUCAAAAGAAAGCCAGCAUUUAUCGCUGAUAAAGUUUAUUAUAGAUAAACUUGAGGAUGAAUUAAAGAUAGAAAAAAAUAUUUGCAUUAUUAUUCAUAUGAAAAGAAAUAUUAAAUAUGAUAAUGCAAUUAUACUGUUUGAGUCAUGGAAAAUGCAAAUGUUUGAUGGCCUUUCAACAGAGUCUUUUGAUGUAUCUGAUAAAUUAGCGAAAGAUACUAAAACUCUUAUAUCUGAAAAUCUCGUUAUUAACUUUGAGGACAAUGUAAGUGUUUUUAUUGAAAAAUGUUUAUUGAAAUUUAAGUAUGACCAAAAACUGGCAAAUAAAGAGAAUUUAAACGAUCACAUUGCUUCAAUUAUUAAUAGUGCUUCUGCAGACAAAGAAUUUGUAAAAGAAUUAAAAGGAAAAGUUUUCGAAGAAAUUAAAAAAUCUGAAAAUGUUAGGGACUGGAAAGAGCAGAUUUUUAUGAGUUCGGCUAUUGUUUCAGAUUCAAAUAAGCUAGAAAAUGCGAUAAAGGCAGCUCUUUCUUAUGAAAUUGAAAAAGUUUUAACGCUGAUUUUAUAUUCUCUUGAAGAAAGUUCGGCCCUUAUUAGUUUUUUUAAAAAUGGAAAUAAAGAAAUAAAUGCAAUUAAACGUGACAUUUGGCUUGAUAGUUUCUGAAAUAUCAGUACUGGGGAAAUAAAACUGCAAGAUAUUAAUCAAGGAAAUUUGCUGAGCUUAGAAUUAGUUUUAAAUUUCCCAACUUCUAAAGCAGAAUAUAAAAUUAUUGAAGACCUAUUGUAAUUGCCCGAGGAUGGCGCUAUCUUGCGCCAUCCUCGGGCAAUUUAAAAAAUGGCCCCACACCGGGAAUUGAACCCAUGUGUGGGGCCAUUUUUGGAGCGUGGAAGUCGAUGUUCUACACAUACCAAAAAUGGCCCCACACGUGGGUUCAAUUCCCGGUGUGGGGCCAUUUUUGAAUUGCCCGAGGAUGGCGCAAGAUAGCGCCAUCCUCGGGCAAUUACUAUAUGUGAGAACUGGAAAGAAAAAGGCAUUUUUUAUGAGGAGUCAAUAAUUAAAAGUAACAUCCGAGAAUUAUAUAAACAAAAAUCGCUUUUCUAUAAUAAAUUUGAUGCAUUAAAUCAAAACCUCGAACUUCAAGAGCUGCUUCUGAGUGAUCUGGUCAAAAUUUUAUUAAAUAAAAAUCUAAUAAAUCAAGAAUUCGAAGAUUUUGUGUUUAAUCUGCUAACUCCCCCCCCCUCCGUGAGUGAACAAAACCAUUUAGAAAAAUCCCUAUUUUUUGCUCAAAAACCCACCCUCCGUGAGUGAACAAAAAUUUUUUUAAUAAAAAAAUUUUGAUAUAUAAAUGAUAAUUAGUAUAAUGAAAUCUAGAGCUAAUUCUGUUUUAAUUUAAACGAAUUGCUUUUAAAACAUAAAUUUUAUAAAUUAAAUUAAUAUUUGCUUUCCAAUUUUUGUGAAUUAGGAUUUUUUUAAAUUUCGAAAAAAAAUAUUUUCUAUAAAAUUUAUAUAUAAAUUUUUUUAAAAAAUAAAAUUAACCCCCCUCCGUUAGUGAACAAAAAUUUUUUUUGUUCACUCACGGGGGGGGGGGAGUAAGGUUAGUUACAAUCUAUGAAAGCUCUCUAGAAGAAAAAAUCUUAGCAUUUAUGAAGUUCAAACCUAUUUUUGUACUUAUUUGCUAUGCAAUUAACUUAUUUUAUUAUUCGCCAGAAUCCAAAAUUAAUGCGAUUCAGAGUUAUCUCACUCCCCCAUAUAAAUUUAAUUUCCAUUGUUUUUCUAUCUUAACACCCUUUAAUUUAGGUGAAAAUAAUAAUUUUAGCCUAACGAAUGGAAAAAGUGCAGUUAAAUAUUAUUUAAACAGUUUUCACACUGAAUCAAUUAAUUUUUGAAUUAAUUCUUUAAAAAAAUUAAAAUCCAAAAGAUCCUUUCUGUUUAUAAUUAAAAAAAUUUAAUAAAUAUUUUUAAAGGGAUAAAUUUAAAUAGAUUUUUUUAAAACAAAAUUUCCGUUUAAAUUGGAACUACCUAUUUAAAUUAGGGGAGAGUCAAUAAAUCUUUAUCGAUUUUAGAAAAAUUGAAGAAUAAAUCCCCUGAAAGCGAAGAAGAUAAGGAAGAAGAAUCAAACUGCUUUAGUAAGAUAUCUCAGCCAGAGUGGAAGCUAUUCAUUAGUAAUAUAUUGAAUGAAUUAAUAAUCUACUCUUGUCCAGACCAAAUUGAUAAAAUCUACAGUGAAAAUUGAGAAUCUUACCCUUCAGAAACAGGGAAAUUAAUAAGUAUCAUCAAAGAGAUAGAAAACAUAGAGGUUUUUGAUAUAAGAGGAUUAGAUUAUCUUGAGUUUUGAGCAACUUUUAGUACUUAUAUGACCAAAUAUGAAACAAAAGAAAAUUUAUUAAAGGUCUUUGAGGCCUCAAAGUCAUUUGAGAAAGCCAAUUCGUCUUUUCUUUACAAUCAAGAUUUUGUAGAAUAUGUGUUUGGCUAUAUGAAUCAGAACUCAUCAAGUGAUAUCUAUCAAAAGGCUGCAUCUUUAAAAUUUCAAAGCUAUUAUUUGGGCGUUUUACUUAAACAAGAUGAAAAAUAUGUGCUAAAAAUAGCUCAGCUUGUAGAGCAAAGUGAGAUAUGAAGGUAUUCAUCAGAGUUAUUCAGUAAUUUAUUGAAUUAUAUGAACAUAAAAUGUGGUUUAAACACUAGAAUGCUUGAUACAGAAGAUUUAAGAAAUAAUAAAUAUUCAUUAGAAGUAGAAAAAACUAUUGAAAUAUGUGGAUUUGAAAGCAAGUUUUCUAUAUUAUUAAAUGAUUUUAUUGGAAAGCAUAUAGAUGAAGUGAAUGAAAAAGAAAAAUCAAGAGAGCACAGUAAUAUUUUUAAAUUCAUGGAAAGGAAAUUUUUGUUUGCUCAGCAUUAUAGGAAUCUCUGCAUGGUUCCUUCUGAAUUUCCUUAUUUAAACAGACUCUUUUCAAUUUCAUUUAUUAGCUCUCCCCCAGAUCGAGCAAAAAUAUGGAAACAAUGCUUUAUUUUUGAUCAAAUUUAAGAUCAGGAUAUAUAAAACUUUAUUUUUAAUUAAUAGUUAAAAAAAGGCCUCUAGUUAGAAAACUUGCAUUCUUUACUUAAAUUUUAUAAAUUAAGUUUAUAUUUACUUUUGCAAAAACAGAUUUUUGAAAAUACAAAAAUUUAAUAUAAUUUUUUUCAAAAUCUUUUGCCCUUAAGAGGGAUUAAGCAAAAUCUUGAAAUUUAUGCCUCGUAUUUUAAUCCUGAAAACAGUAAUUUUGAAGAUAUUAAUGAGGAAUCCCGUCAGUUUUUGAACAAAAUUAAUGAAGAGUUGAGUUUAGAAACAAGCUUUCGGGAUACUCUGAAGCUUUACUGUUUAAAAAACAUUCACAAAUCAAAGAAUUUUGAUGGCUUUAUAGAAGAAAAUAGAGAACUACCUUGAAUUCAGAAUUAUUCACCGUCAGAAAAUGAGAAUGAAAGAUCUAUAUUCCCUUACUUCCCAAGCAUGAAAGAAUCUUAUUUAGAAAUGGUUUAUUUAUUAAAAUCAUUGAUAAAUGAUAAGUCAGAAAAUAUAUUAGAUGAAAAAAUUAUAAAUGCAGAUAACCCAAAAUCCAGAAUUGUGAUUGCAAUGGCUUUUAUGAAUGAGGUAUUUAUUAAGCAUUCUUUAGGAGAAAAAAUAAACACUUCCGUUAAAAAUUGGUUUACAAACAAAAAAGAUAUGAUCCUUUCAAAUCUUGGUAAGGAAUUUUAUCAACUUUUAUACUUUUUUAUUAAUAAUUUCCAUCGCAGCAGCUAUCUUUGCUUAUAUAAGAAUCAGCCAAUUGAAGAAGUAGAAAAAAUUCUAAUUUUAUGCUCUAUUUCAAUUCUCAUUCUUUCUUAUCGAAAUUUUUCAAACCCCCUUUCCAGUCUCUUUUUCACGCCUGAAGGAACAAUAGAUCCUGACUUCCAAAAGCAUUUCAACAAUUUAUAUGUCAUUUGUUCUGAGCCAAGUCCUAUGUUACACUACUUGAAAGAUACACUUAAAAAUUUUAAUUCUCUCAUAUCGAGUACUUGGAGGGCUCCACAUUCUAAAGGGAGCACUUAUAAAUGUUCAAGUGAUUGCGAUUUUCUUUAUUUUGUGAAUGCAUGUGGUGGGCCAACAGAAAAAGGAUUUUGUCCAUAUUGCAAACGAGAAAUAGGCGGAAUAGGCCAUAAACCAGUUCCCAGAGAAGGGCAUGAGAAUUUAUCACAUGAAGAGGCUAUGAAGUUUCUGCAGGAUUCAAUAGCUCGAAGAGAAGCAAAUGAAUGCAAAGGAUGCCAAAAUUAUGGAAGCUUUAAUGGAGUAAAGCUGAUUAGAGAAUUGAAGCCAAUUACAUCAGAGUCACUUCAUCUUAUUCUUAGUGGAAGCCUUUAUGUAAUAUUGAAGCUUGAUGUUUUAAGGAUAGGUGAUAUUGCUUCAGCAAUAAAUAAACCUCCUUUAGAAUGCGAAGGCAUUUUAUGAGCAGCAAUUCAAAAUGAUUUUACACAAAUUUCUUCACUUUUGAGUAUACAUGAGCCAAAUAUAUGAAUAUUCAGCAUUAUAUCAGAGCUCCCUGAAAUAAUUGAAGCUUUUAAUGUUGAGCCCAGCACAAAAGAAAUUAGAGAUAACUUUGAAAACUACUUUGAAAGAGAAAUAAUAAAUAGCCAUAUGAGUCCAUCAUCUGUGAUAAUUGACUAUAAAAAUAAUUUUUGUGAAUCUUUUGGAAAUGGAGGCAUCUCUGAUAUUCUUGAUGAAUUAAAAGGCAUGUACAAGCCAGAGUAUCCAAAUUUAAGAUUAUUCAGAUUAAUAGACAAGCCUUCAGCAGAAGAAAUGAAAAAUUAUUUUUUGUUUCACAACCCAAGCCAGCAAUUCAAUUUGCUAACUAUCCAUCACCUUUGAUUUAAAAUUUCAGAAAAAUUGGGAAUUAAUUCCUUGAUCGAACAGCCUCCUUAAGAGGCGGCCGGCAGGAAAGUCGCUGCGUUUUUUUUUUAGGGGGCCUAAAAGUUGCCGUCAUUAAUUUUGAAUCGCUUCGACAAAGGCGAUUUUGCGAUUUUUUGGUUGCGAUUUUUUUUUUUUUUUGGGUGUUGGUGUUGGUGCGGCUUUUGGUGCUGCUUUUGGUGCAGCUUUUGGUGCUGAUUUUGUUGCUGCUUUGGUGCAGCUUUUGGUGCUGCUUUUGGUGCUGCUUUUGGUGUUGCUUUUGGUGCUGCUUUAGUGUAGGGAUAAUAUAACAAUUUUUCUUCUUCUUGAUCGAACAAUUUUCAUAUGGUUUGUCUAUAGCUUAUUUACAGAGUUUUUUUAGCCUUACCAUUGGUUUGAACGACACACUGUCACUCAAUCAAAUAUAGGAUGGGAUAAGCAUAUAUUUUAAAAAUUAUGAAGAAAUUAAAACUAUUGAAAGCUUAUACCCUAUUAUUGAUUUAACGAAUAGCCUUCUAGAAAUUUACAAUCACAAAAUUGCUAGAGACCAAGCAAGAAACUUGACUAUCAAAGAUGCAAUAUUUGCGAAUGAAAGCAUUAAAGAAAAGUUCAGAAAAUUUAAGCAGGCAUGGAAAAGUAAAGGAAUUGAUGAGCUUUACUAUGAAUGCAAAAGACUUGAAUCAAUUGAGUUUGAAGACGAGAACUCACCAUUAUCAUAUUUCCUAGUGGACAACAAAGAGGUUGGAGGAGGAAUGUAUAUGGCUGCUGCGCUAUUAGAACUAGCCUCACGCCAUAAUAAGUUAUUAGGUCUAAUGAAAGACGCUUUACCAUCAAAUCAGCCAAAUAGCUUCCAAAGUUCUAGCAUUGAGAUGCAUCCAGUUCAAAAUGCAAUGAAAAAUCAUAUACUUUCAUGCGAAUUAGAUGACCCAGAUAUAAUCAACAGCUCUUCAAUAAAUAACCCUCAAUAUGGAAAAGGGAGGGAACUUAUAUAUGAUUUUGAAAAAUUGCAGUCCUAUUUAGCAAACUCUCUACUCACGAAGAAGUACCUUGACAAAUCAAAACUUGGCCUAAUUCAAUAUCAAUUUGAGCUAUUAAAUAUUCAAGAUGAAAACUCAGGCUUAAUAUCAGAAAUUCAUAAUUUGAUAUGCCAGCAGCCUUUUAGCAAGGAAACUGAAAUCAAAGUAAAGCUGUUCUUUAAAGAAUUAAAAGAAAAAGAGGAAAGAGGGUAUCAAAUCAUAGUUAAAGAAAUUUACUCUUCAUUAGAUUACAUACUUUGCUAUCUUAAAAACUCCAAAGAAAACCCUGAGAAAUCGAUAAGUGAUUUCUGCCAAAGACUGAAUCAAGCCAAAAUAAGUGAAUUCAUCAAAGGCCGUCAUGCUUUAGCUGAGAUAAGUCUAUUUAAUAUUGUAGCUCUAUAUGAGCAUAUAGAAUUUUGCUAUUUCCCUUACAUGAAAGACUUAAUCCGUGCAGAGUUUCAGAAAUCAGCCAACAAGGAUGUCAUUAAACAUCAGCUGCAUGGCUUGAUUGAAGAGUGUGAUGGACUUAGACUCCCAACUCGACUUCAGGCUCAAAACGCUUUGAUGAGAUUUAUAAUGAGAUGCUUGACUGCUGAAUUAAAUCCCAAUUUACCAAUACAAAUGUAUAUUCAAAAAUCAGACUUUUGGGAUAAGUCAGUUUCCUAUGAACAAAUUCAGCUAUUUGAAAUGAGAUUUUCAGAAAAGGUGAAGAUCUCUCAUUCAUUGGCAACUUAUGAGGAAAUCAUGACUAUUGGAGAAGAGCUUGAAAAAAGGGCAAGAUUGAUGGAAUUUGAGAAUAAUUAA